AUGCACUUAAAGAAGACGUGGAAGACCGCCGCGGUGAUGCUCCUGGCCGUGGCCGCCGUCACCACGGUCACCGCGGCGUUUUACUUCAAUUACGCGGCGACCGCGUGUUGCGCGGUCGUGCCUCUGUCGUCAUCGUCACUGCUCCAGGAAUCGUCCAACACCGCGGCCAUGGACAACGAGCCAUACCGGUCCAAGUUGGUUGGUUCUUCGGCGACACGCCCGUCCAAGUUGUACGCCGUGUGCGAAACACGCGAUAAACUACGCAGCCCCGCCGACCGGGACAGAUUUAGCCGCCAUCGUCGACAAACAAUCGACAGCACAAGCAGUACCGUCGAUAAAAACCCUGGAAAUAAAUACAGUUACAAUGGGGAGAGCGAAACUGCCCGUAACGGCGACAGAGGGAACGAUACUACUCUCAUUUAUUUCAUUACGCCUACGUAUCCACGGCGAGAGCAAAUUGCCGAGCUCACCAGAUUGGGUCAGACACUAAUGCAUGUCUCCCGACUUUAUUGGAUAGUAGCUGACGACCGACCCGACUGCAGUCUACAAAUAAUGAACCUACUGCCAGAUUUCAGCAUUCCUUACACAUAUAUUGCCAGCCCUAUGCCAUCGAUAUAUAAACACAACCCCGACGCCAUGCCCCGUGGUGUUUCCAACCGUAGAGCUGCUCUCAACUGGAUAAGACUGAACCACAACAUUAAUGACUCGAACGCUGUAAUUUAUUUUGGCGACGAUGACAACACGUUCCAUCUGGACCUUUUCAAGGAAAUACGUACCACAAAGAAAAUAUCAAUGUUCCCGGUUGGCUUGGUCGGAGAGUAUGGUGUUAGUUCACCAAUUAUUGAUAAAGGAAAAGUAGUUGGCUUUUUUGAUAGCUGGCCAGCAAAGAGAAAAUUUCCUGUGGACAUGGCUGGAUUUGCUAUUAAUGUUCAACUUUUAUUCAAAUAUCCUUAUGCUACUAUGCCAUAUAAGGCGGGUUUUGAAGAAGACCGCUUCUUAUCAGCACUGGCUAUUCGAUUAGAUGAAAUUGAACCAAAAGCAGAAAAUUGCACCAGGAUUUUGGUUUGGCACACUCAGACAGCGAAAAAACCUAAGCCAAUAGUCAUGGUCAGAUCCAAAGCAACAUUGCCUGGUUCACUUGCUACUCUACUCGAUCAAGUGACUAUGUUAGGUAUAGGCGGAGUGAGUGAAACCACAGGUGUUCGCAGUUAUAUGACGAAAAAUGGUAAUAUUUUUAGGGUAUAA